UUCCAGGCUGAAUUGGGCAGUGGGGUGAAUACGUUGUCUUUCCAAGGCAUGAACCCUGACCGAAAGAAGUUUCCUGAGAGUCCUAGCAACCAGGACAGAUACAAAAUAUUUGCUGGAAUAACGUACAGUAUGCAUACGGAUUGGGGAUCACUUUACUUCAAGCUGAAAGAAUCCGAAAGCUCAAAUGAAAUAAAGAAGUUUGGGAUUGGUGAAAUCAAAGAUGUCAAUGUUCUUUAUGGAUCUCCAUUUGAUGACGAAGUUUCACUGUUUGACGUAAAAGAUGGCAUAGUUAAAAGCGAUGGUGGGCGAAACAACUAUGUCAUCUUUGUCUUUAACGAGAGRAAAUCAAAGGACUUCACACAUACCAUCACCGAUGAUUCAGAAGACUUUGGUAAUGUGUUUCUCGCUUCGAAGGUUCCAAACUCUAGUCCUUGGGCGUACCAAAAGCUCACAGAAACAGAUGUGGUAUACAACCAAGAGACGCAAACACUAGUUAUCUAUAUGAGAGAUGAACAGGGUAAUCAUAAGUACACUGGCAGAGUCAUUUUCAAGCGUACCAAACCAGGAGAUAUUGGCAAAACYCAAGUGUACUUCACUCAACCUGGUAGAGCCAACGGAUGCUUGCAGAUUGAGUCUUUGAACARGAAAAACGUUGAAUGCAGWAAUCCWAAACCACUCAAUGAYCUCAUCAGACCGAUUGGUGGAGGGCAAAGCUCUCCUAUCGAUGACCGCCCUGUUCCACUUGUUCCAUUCCAAUACAACAUGGACGUCGACUUGACGGCACAGCCCAUUCCUGGCCUUU